GUCGUAGUCCGCGAAGCAGACGCAAAGCCGGCGCGAUGUCGGAGCCGAGGCAGCUGGAGAGAUGCGGCAGCAUCUGCGCGCCCGACCCCUACGAGGAGCUGCUGGCGGCGCUCACCAGCAAGGACCUGGACAAGUUCCGCCGCCUGCUGGACGGCGCCGACAUCGCGGACCCCGACCACGCGUACGGCCACCGCGGCUCCUGCCUGUACGUGGCGUGCUCGCUGGACGACGGCGCGCCCUACGUGGAGGCGCUGCUGCGCCGCGGCGCCGACCCCAACCUCGUGAACCAGCAGCUGCGGCGCGCGCCGGUGCACGUGGCCGCCGCCAAGGGCAACGUGGCGGUGCUGCGCGCCCUGCUGGCCGGCGGCCGCCUCGACGUGGCGCAGCUAGACAAGUUCGGCGACACCGCGCUCCACGCGGCCGCCAAGCAGCUCAAGGACGACCGCGGCGGCCACGACGAGUGCCUGGAGCUCCUGCUGGAGGAGACCGACGCCGACGCGAACCUCCCGAACCGGCAGGACCUCACCGCGGUCCACCUCGUCGCGCAGCGGGCGUGUCGCCGCACGCUCGAGAACGUGCUCCGGCUGGCGGCGCCCGACCUCGACUCCUACAGGUCGCCCGUCGACGAGAAGACGGCCCGGCAGAUCAUCGCCGAGAGGUACCCCGACCUGCCGCUGCCGCAGCUCGGCCCGGCAGAGCUGUCCGAGGGCAGGGCCAGGACGGCGCUGUUCAAGCACCUCAGGAGGCGGGACGCGAGGACCUUCGAGUCGGCGCUCGACGACGCCCUCGGGAACCACGGGGACGCGGUCGUCAAGUGGCACGACGGCAGCUUCACCUUGCUGCAGUACGCUUGCAGCUACGGCCUCGCCGAACACGUCCAAGUCAUGCUCGGCAGGAAGUUCGACCCGAACUACACUAUACAAACCAAUCCCAAAGCUCCUAUAUUCCUGGCUUGUAAAAAUGGGUUCUACAAAAUCUUGGAAAAGUUCAUUAAUUAUCUAUCCAUGUCUGAUGCUAAAGUGAUAAGUUUUUACGACUUCGAUGGCAGAACUAGCAUCUUACAUGCCGUGAUAAACGGUAAAAGGUGGGGUACAAUUACAUCACCAGAUCAAGAUUAUGAUAAAUGCCUUGAUAUAAUAAUGAACAACAUUUUAACUCUAGAUAUUGACAUUGACUCGGUAGAUAGUGUGGGAAAUACAGCUCUCCACUAUGCUGCUAAACAUCAACUUUCAGACAUCAUCACCCGACUCUUAGCUAAUGGUGCCUACAUAGGUACCAAGGACAGAUUCGGUGAGCUCCCUCUAGCGAAAAUUGAGUUGGAUAUUUUGGAAAAUUUCUUGAACAGUUGUGUCAAAGAAGGCAAAAACAAGGACCAAUCUGCGGACGAUUUUGAAGUUGAACUAAAUUACGAGAUGAUGGUCCCGCCUAGAGUGAAGGCACUCUGCAAGCGCAGAGUGACAGGUAGCAACACAAACUCCAUAGCAGACAAGAGUUUGGCCAGAACACCUGAAUGCCUUAUGAAAAGGAGAGGUUCCGAAUACAGCGUUAUCAUCAACGAUGUAGACAAGAAACCACUUAACAGUCCUGUUACACACGAAAUUAUUUUCAAGACUUCCAUUCAAGAGAAAAACAAAGAGUAUCUUAAGAAUUCAACACCUGAAAUUGGUCCUUUGCUGUAUAUUGGACGAUCGAAACAACUACGCCAUCUCCUUACACAUCCAGUGUUCUCAAGCUUUAUGUACCUCAAGUGGCAAAGUUUCCAAUAUUUCUUUUACAUUAACUUGUUCUUGUAUCUCUUGUUCGUAAUCCUACUUUCAAUCUACAUUCUGUGUGACUAUGCAAAUUUUCCUGUUGAAGAGGGUAAUGAAAAUGUAUUACAUAACAAAACAGUCCAUGAUGCUGGAGUGAGCAAUAAAACUAGUGUAAAAAGUUACAUAUGGGGAUUUCUUGUAGUGUUUGAGAUUUUGCUUAUCGCAAGGGAAAUGUUUCAGUUGCUAGUUUCUCCAAAGAGAUACUUUCGAAGUCCAGAAAACUACAUGGAAUUGCUGUUGAUCGUGCUAACAAGUAUCAUUAUAUUUUCAGACAUACAAAGUCAAAAUAUUAGGACAAAUUUGUCAGCCUAUGGAAUACUGCUGUCUUAUGCCGAGUUGGUGCUCCUCCUUGGACGGCACCCUAAGCUAUCAACCAAUAUCGAAAUGCUGAAGAGGGUGUCAUGUAAUUUCUUAAAAUUUUUGGCCUGGUACUCCAGCCUCCUGCUAGCAUUCUCGCUGAGCUUCUACAUACUGUUUCGCAACAGCAGUUCAUCAAAGACAGAGGAUGGCGAUGGCGAAGAGAACUUCUUUUUGAAUCCUGGGAUGUCGAUGCUUAAAACAGUGGUGAUGAUGACAGGCGAGUUCGAUGCCUCAUCGCUGCCAUUCGAGUCUCUGCCAGGGACGAGCCAGUUCAUGUUCAUCCUGUUUGUGUUCCUCAUUGCUCUGGUGUUGCUGAACCUGCUCAAUGGCUUGGCCGUCAGCGACACCCAAGCCAUCAAAAACGACGCAGAAAUUGUCAGUCUCGUGUCCCGGGUACAGCUGAUCCAUCACUUCGAGAGUAUGAUGCUGGGAAACCCACUAUCUUGGCUAUCUCCAUUGUGUCACUACUGCUGUUGUAUUCCUGAUGAACGGUACUUGGGAUUCAUCUCUGGAAUCUCCCGAAAGAUGUUCCACAGGAUGAGCAUUUUUCCACGCAUGACACCAGAUUUCAAAGCGUAUGUUCUACCUAAUCAGGACUGUCAUGUAACAUUUCUUUCCCUUGUGGAUCGCCAGGCGCAGCAAGUUAAAGACAUUACUGAAGUCAGUGUAGGAAAACUGGACCCAGCAAUAGUCAAAUCAACUGUUGCUCUCCUCUCUCGGGCUUCAAAAACUUUGGAAAAUGACUGUUUUCGCCAAAUAAUGGUGCAGAACCAGCGACUGCAGGAGCAAAACAAGCAAAUGAUGCAAGACUUUCAUUAUUUCAUGGAUGAAUGCAAGAAGAUGUUACUAGAACAUCAACAAACGAUGUUUGAGAACAUAAAUAGCAGUUUGGGUAACCGAAGACUGAUGGUGGAAAGCCAGCGUAUGAUAGAUGUAGAUAAUUAGAAAUUGCUUCAGUCACAUGCAAGUGACACGUGCACUGAUAAACAGUAUUGAUUCUGAGUACUAAAUCAUUGUUGAAGAAAGGUUGGCAGCUAGACAUAAAUAUUAAUCCACCUUCUAAGUUCAAGCCCAUGAGACUGCAUAAAAUGCAGUAUAAUGAGAAAUUAACAUGAAUGAAGUAUAUAAGUUGUAAAGCUUAUUUAAUUUUCUUCUCUAUUUUUAUUCCAGGUCCUUUACUUCAGCAGCCUAAAAAUAUUACACAAGAAGAAUCUUUGGCCUAACUUUAUCUUUGGCUAGAAUCUUGUGUGCUUUAUCAAGUCAAUAACAGUAUAAAGCCAAGAAAAGUAUAACUGAAAGCAGCUUGAACAAGAACAUGCACCAUCUUAGUGUAAUGGAAUACAUUUUAUUUAAACAUACUUCAUUAUUAGCAAGAGAGGUUCUUCUUAAGUGUGCUAUCUACCUAGCAUGAAAUUGUGCACUAAAGUGUUUGACAAGUAGGUUUUUUUUUUUUACAGGAAACUACUGAAUGUAUUUACAACCUGUUUUCGCAUGAAAAUAAAAAAAUACUUCAGAAUAUGUUGGAUACCUACUUUCAAGACUUUUUCGUGGUAAACAUAGCCAAGACUGGUAUAUUUUAAAACUUCAUAAGUAUUUGAAUAUUGAAAUUCUACCCAAAGGCCUGCAAUGAACUUUGUUACGUAGGUACACAUUUUCCAGUGAAAAAAAGUUCUAGUCUAACAUCAUUACUUUGUAAAUAAAAGGUAUGUGUAACAUUAAAACAUCUAAAAUUAUCUAGCACGUUAAUGUUUUAUAUUAGAAAACAUUGUUGCUGGAAUUGAUUAGACAUUGAACAUAAAUGUGUACCGAAGUAAUAGAGCAAUGUACUAGUAUUUAGAACACAAAACUACAGUGUAAAAGUAAAAUACUGAAAUAAUAAUUUUAAAAAGACAUCUACAGAAAAUUAUUGGUAAAAGUUAAAAACCUUUUUAUACAGCUCACAAAAUUGUACUUGUCAAUAAAACUAAAAACAAAUUUACAAGCCUCAGAAAAAUGGUAAAAUAUAAAUGUAAGGUUUUAAAUAGCAUGGUUAUGAUAAAAGGCUUAAUGUGACAGAAUCUCCUAAAUCAUGUAAAGCUUCACACCAGAAAAUUUAGAUUCUGCAUGAAUUUAAAUAUUUUAAUUUUUAUACAAAGCUUUUUUUGGUGUAAAUUCGGAUGUGUAAAAAAAAAUAAUGGAAUCAAUAUUUUUUUUCUUGACUUAAUUUUGUGUUACUUUACACAAACAAUAACUCCCUUGCUAUAAGCAGUAUAUUUUCAGUAUCAAUCACACUUAAGUUACCAAAUAUGCCAUGUUCCAGCUAAAUAAGUAUCUUGAUCACGUCCUGCUUACACCAAUACUAACUGUUCUAUCCAUUGAUAUUCUAACAAACAAUGAUAAAACAAUGGUCAGAAAACAGGAAUAUGUGUACCUAAUGUUAAGCUAGGUCUGCAUAAUGUUGUGUGUUGCCAUGCAUUCUUGCAAGAUGUGUACUCACAAACAUACCUACAUAUUUACAGUUAGGUAUUUCAGCUUUAAAAUAAUGCUUUGCUUUAAGCACUAAAGCCAUUGUUUUCAUAUACACAGAGAAUUGUAUGUAACCACUUUGCGUCUUCAGUUACAAGGAUAAAUAGUAUGUAAGAUAACUAUUGUGAAAAAACAUACAACAAAAAAGGAGAGGUGAAUGAACUAUGCUGGAUAUCCUCAAGUAAUAUGAAGCAAACAUCCUACACAUUCCAGAACACAACAUUAAUAUUUUUGCUACCUGAUUUAUUUUUUAUAUUAUUUUUAUUAGUUUCUCAGUUAUAAUAGAAAAAAGUUUUAACGUGGUAAUUGUAUAAACUUGUUUGUUUAUUUUUAGCAUACCUUAUAAUAUUCUUAAAAAAUUUUUAUUCAGAGUAUUUUUAACAUUACAAUUGUAAAAAAUGGGGAAAUGAAAUGUAAAAAUUUGUAAUGUAAGUACGUACUGAAGAACGUAACUUUACACAAUGUACAGAAAUAUAUAAAUAAAAAUAGACACAAAUGAGAAAUAAAUAAAAUGAUUA